UAUCAUUUCGUUACAAAAUAGUGAUGUUUAAAUUCAGAAAAAUGUUAAAUUAACGUAAAGUGAAGUGUUCAAAUCGAAUGUGACGAACGAAAAUAAUUUGUUUUUAUUUCGAAAUAUUAUAAGCAUCUUUUGACCUUGGAGUCUUGUCAGGAUCUGAAGGAAACGUAUAACGACCAUGGAAAAACUCUUCGAGUAUAAAUAUUUGUCUCAAAAGCAUUUAGACGGAUUUAAGAAAUAUAAGUACAGCGCCAUCGACACGAGUCCGCUUAGCAACUAUGUUAUGCAUCCGAGUUGGAAUUUUAUCACUAGAUUUAUCCCAAAAUGGAUCGCACCGAACCUAAUAACGUUCGCCGGCUUCGUCUGUAUGGUGAUAGCGAUUUUGCUGUUGACUAUAUUUGACUACGAUUUCCAUGGCGCGGAAAGACUUAGGCAAGGCGUAGACGAGUACAGGAUACCGAACUGGGUGUUAAUGGCAUGCGGCGUUUUGCUGUUUUUGGCUUACAAUCUAGAUGGUAUCGACGGAAAGCAAGCUCGGAAGCUUGGCGUGUCAGGCCCGCUGGGAGAACUCUUCGAUCACGGCUUAGAUUCCUACAUCGUGUUCCUCAUACCGUUCUCAAUGAUAUCAAUUUUCGGUAGAGACCCGGUUUACUCUCUCCCGAUUUUCAGGGGCUUCCUUGUCGUGAUUAGCGUAGUUUUGAACUUCUACGUGAGCCACUGCGAGAAAUACAACACAGGUACAUUGUAUUUACCCUGGGGCUAUGACGUCAGCAUGUGGACUUCUUCGAUGAUCUUCAUCGUGGCAGGGCUGUACACUCCUGGACUAGUUAAGUUCCACGUGUAUGGAGACGUAUCGUUCGCUUUGUUUUUCGAAGUGUUAAUUCAUCUCGUCGGCUUAUUGGGAACGGCUCCUGUUGCUGUAUACAAUGUAUACUUAGCCAGAAAGAAUCGCCGAGCGAAAGUUGAGACAUUAACGGAAGCCCUACGCCCGGUGUGGUCAAUGACCCUCAUCUUAGCCGCCCUUAUAUUCUGGGCUGUCAAAUCCAAGAACGACAUCAUUGAGCACGACCCCAGAGCCUUCAUUUUUCUCUUCGGGACACUCUUCAGUAAUACUGCAAGUCGUCUAAUGAUUGCGGGAAUGGCGAGUCAACGCUGCGAGCUUGUCAAUUGGAUGUUCUGGCCUUUGCUUACCGGAGUUGUGACGUCAUUGUACAAACCUGAAUACGAACUGUCGAUCCUGUACGCACUUGUCGUAUCUAGCGUGUUGGCACAUGUGCAUUACGGGAUAUGUGUGGUGAAACAAAUAUGCGGAUAUUAUAAAAUUGAUUGUUUUUUAGUGCCUAAAGAGAAACAGAAAUAACGGGAAUUUCUUUACCACAACUUUGUUUGUUAUGUUAUUACAAUAUGUAUAAUACUUUUCUAAGUAAAGAAGUUUUUCAAUUUAGCGUUAA